AUGCAUUUCGAGAGGCCACGGGUUCGGGCCGAAGGUCCUGGCGGACCAGAUGUCAAGCAAGGCGCAAGGAUUGCGAGUAACCACCUCAAGACUGCCGCCGUCAGCUCGUCAGGCGCCAGAAUAAAUGAAAGCAGAGCACCAAGCACCGUGGAACCUAGCUUUAUGAGGCCAGUUGCUGGCGAACGGCAUCACCAAGGCCACAUUUCGUCAGCAUCGACGAGCUACCACCCUGAGCAGCAGCAGCCGCACCAUCAUCACCACCCUCAUCACCCUCAUCAAAAUGGCUACAUGCGUCCUGGUGCUGUUUUAUCGCCUGCGACGCCUGGAUGGUCGCCACCUCUUCCAGACGAACGACUGCCUCCGACCUCGGCCGUGAGCCCGGUGGGCGGCCGCACUUCUCGUCCCGAUACAUACACCGUGCAGCCACCACCACCAUCAGCCUCGCGGUAUGCGCCCGAUGCAUCGCCCCGGCACCCCGAAGCAUCGCACUACAAUCUCACCAUCGGCCUGGGAAGCGCGCGGGACCAUGGCGAUGGGCCCCUGUCGCACUCUUCGCCUGCGCAGCACGCUCUGAGUGCUUCUCCUGUGCUCAGCCUCGGUCACCAACGUGGUCAUCACCCGCAUCUUCCGCUGCCGCUGCCACAGCAUCAGCAAUCACCAUCCUUGCAUCUCCCAUCGCCUGGAGCAGUCUCCUCUGCGAACUCGACGAGGAGCUGGCUCGAUUUCCCCACUCCUUCGGGAAGUCGAUCGCUCUUCUCCCCCUCCAAUAUCUUGGCUACAACUACGACAACGACGGCCACUUCUGGCUCUCAGGGAGCUGGGCAUCACUCACAGUCGCCAUUCUGGCCUGGAAGCGCGGCCACCGUUUCCAGUCCUCACAACAAGAGGAAGCUGACAGGAGAUUACUUUUCAGGCGUCGCACCGGUGCAUUCGGGCGGGGCAGGUGCCGCUGGCGAACGUGCUUCGUCGGCCCAUCGACCUUUUGACGAAAAAGCAGCAAACCGAACCGUCGCAGCUGCUGAGCAAAGUUGGAAAGACCAAGACGCGAAGAGGCCGCGACUUGACGAGGGCGUCAGGAGCACGGGAAGGCAGACAAACAGUGAGGAAGAAGAGGACAAUGAAGAGGAGGAGAUCGACCAACUCGAUGAGGAUGAGGUUGGUGGCGGCCACAACGACGAUGUUCUCUCUACGCCCCUUCGCCUACUUGCACACGCCUCUGACGCGGCUGAAGCCAUCAAAGGUGGUGCGAGGACGCUCCUCAAUCCUGCUCAGGAAGACAAGGGCAACGUUAACAACAUGAGUAGCAGCAGUGGCCAUCCUCACCGGCCCUUCAGCCGCCUCGGAACGGGUGCAGCGACGAUGGGUCUCGUUUCACCACCCGUGCCGAGGCUCGAUCCGCUCGGUCGUCGGCUUGACUCGAUGCGGCUGCCAACUUUGGGCAGGCCAAGGACCGUGGACUCCAUGCCACGACUCGCCGGAAAUGUCCAUCGCACCCUCUACCACGCACCAGCGCGGGAUCAAUCUAGUCUGGAAAGGAGGCAGCUGCCUUACAAUACGCCAACGAGCAGCGGUAGGAUGAUGGGCCCGCCUUUCAUGCCCCCAUUUUCCAAGCAAGCGGCCGUGUCGUCUUCCUUGCUGCCCCCUCCUCCUCUCACCCUCGGCACCCUCGGUCGAUCUCGCAGCUACACGACUGUUGAGAGUCUGGCCCGCAUGGAACCGCUCACGUCACCUCGAGCGAGAGAGGAGGUGCCCAAGCCCAAGGUCACGGAAGUUGAACGAAGAGCAGAGGUCUUGGGGAUCCACACUUCACUGAGCUCGGCUUCUCCCUCUCCUCCUCCCCCUCGCGCGAUCUCGGCGGCGACGCUAGAACCCGAAUCAUGGGAGUAUCGAAACGGAAGGGCUAGAACAAGAAAGAGUCUUACCAAUGGCAACAGCCAGGCAUCAGCAGGGAGCGAGAGCGUCAAGUCUGGCGAGGAAGACUCAGCUUCUGCCAAGGCUAUCCAUGUGUCUGCGCCUCGGAGAGACUCCGACGUCGCAAAAAAGCAGAUGGAUGAAGCCGAGGGCAAAAAGGCCCCGCGUCGCUGGGUGGUGACCAAGAGACGCAAGAGCACCGAUGAGAAGAGAGGAGGCGAGAGUGAGAGCGAGAGUGAGAGCGAGCGCAGCGAGCAGGUUGGCGCUUCCCACCGCGAAUUCUUCUCCCUUAGUCUCUAUCAUAGCAAGCUCGACAACGACGACGAUCUCGACCCGGUCCGCCAAGACAUCCUCGAUGUAAAGGAGCUGGAGAAGCUCUUCGACACCUUCUUUGCCCGCAUCAACCCACAGCUCAACCUUCUGGAUCCAUUCCUCCACAGCGUUGCCUACGUGCGCAAUCGCAGUGCGCUCUUGACGACGGUCGUUGCCGCUUUGGCAGCCCGACUUCGUGAAUCGCCUCGUGAUGCCGAGCUUGCCGUGUCCCUGGAGCGAUACUGGCGCGAGAAUCUGUUACCCGAGGUGCUCCUCGAAGGCUACAAAAGCGUCGAGCUUUCACAGGCCUUCCUGGUCCUCUCGCUUUACCACAAACCGACCAAUCGUCUGGCUGACGAUCGGUCCUGGCAGUAUCUCGGUUUUGCCAUUCGAAUCGCAACGGAAGUGGGCGUCAACCGUAGGGCGACACUCGACGAGGGUGUCAAGAACAAUGAGCAAUUCAGGAGGAGAAUCAGGAACAGAUCGAGGCUCUGGAUCAACCUCUUUCUCUGUGACCGUGCCUUGAGCGCCCAGACGGGGCGACCCCAUACGAUCCAAGAGGACGCCUUCAUCGUCAAUUCGUCGUCGUGGCACCGCGAAGAGUAUGCCUUGCCGGAAGAUGUCUGCCUCGUCAGCCUCAUGAAGCUCAGAAGGCUGGUUGGGCAGCAUUGCGACGCCUUCGAUCAGUACCUCCUGGGCGACGAUUCCGGCUUGCUCCAAGGGUCGAAAAUGUCCAAGACGAUCGUCUGCGCAAAGGAGCGCAUGGCUGGCCUCCAGUACUGGCGCAUGAAGGCCAAUGCUGAUCUCGAAAGGUGGAAGGACACAUGGUGUCUGAGCAGUCUAGAGGAGGCCGGCGAUACGGAUGGCGCUGGCCUACGGUCCAUGAGCGCCGUGCUUGUUGGAUGGCGGUUCCAAGCUUUCCUGUGCUACCUCCAUGCUCGCCUCCAUCUCAACAGCAUUGUUCUCCAGGAGAUGGAAAAAUGGCAUGCGAUCUUACUUGCCGCCGCUUCUGCGGAAGGGAGUGUCGAAAGCGGCGUCAAGGACAGCGGCAUUGAAGAAAGCCGAGCGACACAAGAGGAAGACGAGCGCGACAUGGUGACGCCCGUGGCGCACGAUUGCUGGACGUGCGCGUCGACGAUGAUCGACGUACUUUUGGACCAGAUUGACGAGGAGCACUUAGCCGCUGCGCCGAAUCAGACCGCCAUCAUGUCUACGUGGUCCGCCUUGGCCGCUCUGAGGUUGACGAAGAAGCCCGAUGGUGGCAGCGGCAACCGAGCUCAUCGCCGUGGGAAGCAGUACGUGUGGGCAGAUCGGAAGACGAUAGUCGAGAAAAGUCGAAGGCUGGCAAAGGCUCUCAUCAAGGCGGGAAGAACCCCAGAGCACCGCAAUGGAGCCGCAGCACCAUAUGGACUCUACCUCGAGGGCAUCGUGUCGCUUUGGGAAAGCUCUACUCCAGUUUUGGAGAAGGAGCAGCGUCUGCAUGCUGAAAACUCGCCGGAAGAAGCAAUUUCGCCAGAGGCAGUCCGCCAUACUUCACCGAAGGUCAGACUCGCACCCGAGAAAGAGGACGAAAACAAAAGUGCAGAAGGAGAUGCCAUGAGCAGCACUUCUGCGGUGAACGAGGAUGACCAGCGUCCUUCGUCAUCGCCCUCGGCCGCCACCUCUCGUUCUGUUCACGACGGCAUAUCCACGGGUCUGAGCUCUCGAGAAUCAACGCAACAGCACAAAAAGGCAGGAGAAAACGAGGGCCAAGGAAACGAUGCUGAAGAAGCUGAGAUUAAGGAGCGCGCAGCUUCCAACACGGACAGAUUGUGGGACUACCUCAGUACGUAUCCGGACCCUGCGAGCGGAUUUCCUUUGAGUCUUUGGCAACCCCAGCCAGCUUGGUCGACGACGACUCCCGCAGCCCGCAGCGUCCCCCCUUCCUCGACGACUUCGUCUCUGAACGCUACUACUGCCUCUUCUUGA